AGUUCAUACCCAAUAGCUUAUCUCCAUGCAAAGAAUUCAUUGUUGUUCAAACAUUUCAUCAGGUGAGACUGAUGAGAUUGGCAGUUUGGAGGCUGAUGAUCAAGAUGAUGAUUCUUUAACUCUUCUUUCUCUUGCUCCUCCAGGCCAAAACAACACCUCAAAGAAUCUUCUGGACUGUAGUUUUGAGUACUCCUCAAGCCAACUACCUCAGGAUAACUAUCAACAAUGCCCUAGGACUAAUGCUGAAAAUGGUGUAACAGUGGCACUUCAUAUUGGUCUGCCUACUUCAGAAGCUAGCUCUACUAGUCAUGCUCAUAACUUUGGGGUUCUUCCUGAAGGACAAUACUGGAUUCCUACUCCAGCUCAAAUUCUUGUUGGCCCCACUCAGUUUUCUUGUCCUGUAUGCAACAAAACAUUUAACAGAUACAACAAUAUGCAGAUGCAUAUGUGGGGGCAUGGAUCACAAUACAGAAAAGGGCCAGAAUCUUUAAGAGGGACAAAGCCAGCCUCAUCCAUGCUUAAACUUCCCUGUUACUGUUGUGCUGAGGGUUGCAAGAACAACAUAGAUCAUCCAAGAUCAAGGCCCUUGAAGGAUUUUAGGACUCUUCAAACACACUACAAGAGAAAGCAUGGGACAAAGCCAUUUCAGUGCAGAAAAUGUGGGAAGCCAUUUGCGGUUAGAGGAGACUGGAGGACUCAUGAAAAGAAUUGUGGGAAGUUAUGGUUUUGUAUUUGUGGUUCUGAUUUUAAGCAUAAAAGAUCACUCAAAGACCAUAUUAGAGCUUUUGGAGAUGGCCAUGCAGCACAUAGUCAAGACUUGCGUGGAAUUGAAGAAUUAGUAGAAUUAGAAGAAGAUGAUGAAGAAGAAGAGGACAACUACUAAGUAGGGCUAGAUAGACUUUGUACCCUCGAAAAGUAUUGGGGGUUUUGUUAGUUUGUACCCUAAACAUUAGUAUUCUACUAACUUAUGUUUGUUGUCAAUUGACCAGUUUUCGUACAUGAUUUGCACGUUUGUAGUAGGUAAUAAUAAAUUGCACAUUGGCUCUUGUCAA